GGAAAGCGUCACACGGUGGCGAAAGCAGAGCAAGAGUCGAGUGCAAUGGAGUCGCGAGUGUGACGCAUGCGACGAGGAGCAGCAGCAGCACAUGCUGCGCCAUCGUUGGUGCUGUGCCUUUGGCAAGUCCCGGUGCUUCAGCUCAGCUAAGCUAAGCCAGCGGAGCUGGAAGGGCUUGGUCGUUGCGCCGUUCAUUUCGAUCGCUGUGGCUGCCGCCCCCCGUCCCCUCUCCCCUCUCCCCUCUCCUACAGCAUCCGGAGCUGGAGUUUGUUAAAGCCCGGGACGGGGAGGAUUUUAUUUUAUACAGAUUGUUAUUGUUACACUGGUUUUCGUGGGAGUUGUUUAUGGUGAGAGAAGGUGGAGGCGGGGGGGAGUUAUGGGUCGUGGCUCUGUGUAAGUGUGGAGAUGGAAGUUGUUGAAUGUCUUCAUGUAGCAGAGGAGGAAGCGCCGGCUAGAAGGCCGUUGCGUUAGACACCUGGGUCGUGAUUCGCACUCCUGAUCUGCGCAAGUCGUGCCAGGAGCAAGGGUCGGGGGAUUCGCGUUCCAGGAGGUACACAGUAUUUCAUUGACAUUUCCGCCCCUGUUCAUGGACGUGUCGUUGCGGAAUCUGUGAAGAGAUCUGAGCUCUCGCGGCUGCAGAUUUUUUCUGGUAAUUCCCUGUAUGGGACUCAUCGAAAUCGCAGUGGGCUUUGCUCUGUACUUCUCACUUGUGCUCCGAUUGAGUUCGUUCGUGAAGAAAUUAUCUGCACUGCUGAUCUCUUGACAUCCAUUCACGACGCGAGCUGAAUACAGUGGACACACUUAAUCCGAUCUCCCUUCCUCUGUCCUCUACUGUGAAUUGAAUACUGAGGGCCGUCAGCUAACGCCGUCACAGCGACCGUCUCCUUCGCCGUGUCAGGAGCUGGGAAUCGUUCAGGAGAUAAGCCUGUGUUGUAUAUUAUCCGACAGGAGUGAUCUGUUCGGUCACGUCCUUGCCUACGAGAUUUGAUACUGUUUUACGACGUUUUUCUGCGGGGUGGUGGUUUACAAUUUUGAGGGAUCUCGUCUAGCCGUGAAGUUUGACCUUCUGAAGUGGGUGGGUGAGUGAAGAUGGACUCUCACCUGAAGGAGCUGUUCGGUACCUUCCAGCAGCAAUUCGGUCUCGGGCCAGGUUUAGGAGCAGGGUCUGGGACCUCGUUGCUCAAAGUUGAUGGCAUCAGCACGGCUUUCAUAAAAUCUCUGUUUCGCGCUCUGGCCCUUCUGUGGCGAUCGCAUCCGUGGAAGCGGUUGAAGGCAGCUCAUUUAUUUGGCGUAAAAAUCGGCAAGCCAUCGGAUUGGCCUGAUGCUCGUCAACCCUUUUCUUGCGUCCAAUUUAUAGGAGCUGGGGUUGGAGAUUUGGGGCUUAACAUUCUUCGCUCGGAGGAAGAUGCUGUGGGGAUGAAUGGAGCCAAGGGACAAGGAAAUCAGAAAUCUGUACCCCAGAGAGGGCUUUUGCGAAUCACAUUCGGGCCAGAGGCAGAAGUGUCCCCCGGCAACCGGAAGAUGAUUAGGACCCUCGGGCUAGAAAUUGCCGGGCCUAAAGCUUAUCCGGCAAUAGAUGUGGUGUUUUCUCAGAAGGCCAUUGCUGACGGCUUUCCUUCCUUCCGCAAUCCAUUGCUGGAAGAGCUUAGAUGGGUAUAUGCCUGCUUGAGAGCCCUUACGCAGGUUCACCCUCAACUUCAGCAAGUCAGUGGUGUGCCUUACUCAUUCGAGGACCUAUCGCAGGUUGUAGAAGUCUCGUACCCGGCCGAAGACAUGCGGGAUAAGUCCGUGAUGGUGAAAGUGAGCUUCCCUCCGAAUGUGGAACAUGAUGACUCGAGUAAUUCUCUUCCAAAGCUUUCGGAAACUGUGGACAUGUCUGCAGAGAAAACGGAAGUUGCUCGGCAGUGUGUAGUCUGCGAGAAAGAGGUCCCAGCAGAGCGAGCCCCACGGUGUAGUCGAUGCAAAGCAGUUAUCUACUGUGGCCAUGUUUGUCAAAAACAGGACUGGAAGGAGGUGCACAAAGGAGUUUGUGAACUGUACAAGGCAAUGAUGGAGCGAGUCGAUGAGCUAGAGAUCAAGGGUUUUACCUUUCCCUACCUGGCGGAGCAACCCUGCAAAUGGUUGGAACAGGUAGGAUUGCAUGGGAAAGGAAUGUGGAGGAGACUUUGUACCUGUUACAGAUCUUGCCCAUUCGGUCAACUUCCUCCGCCCGAAGGAGGGGGUUGGGCUGGGGCUUGGGGAGUAGAGCACGGGACGUACCCAUCUGAUGCACCUCUGUUGGACUACGAUAAAGCAAGCUCUCAGUUGCUACUGUCUGGUUGGGGAGAAUACUACAAUCUUCGCGGGCUACCUUUAUCCAGUCCUGUCGCAGCAAUAUUGUCGUUCCCUCUCACAGUUUACAGCAUUGUGACCUCAAUAUGCGUCUCGACGAAGAAUAUGCUGGCCAAGGGCAGGGAAGUUACCGUACACUACCUCGGACCUGAAGGAGAGCUCGACUGGCUGCCAGCGUUUACGGAGAUUGGGCACUUACUGAGUGGAUCUGGAAGCUUACAUAUUGUGAUGGUUGGACCUGAAGUACCAAGCUCCUUGUCCGGGGAAGUAAAUAGUCUUGGGAGGAAGUUGAGAAUGACAUUUGUGCAGGGGCUGUACCAAGAAGAGGCCAAUGCCUUACAACCACCUCAUCUCGUAGUCGCAUUAAACGCAGGGCUGGAUCGCUCUGAAACCUGGGCCGGUGCACUCGAGGUGAUCAGGCAGCAAGGUUCGCCGACAUUUUUCACUGAUUAUGCGGAGCCUUGCUGUGUAAACGCCAAGCAGGUCCUGCGUGCUUCUGGACUACCAAUCAGCCAUCCUGUGACUCCGAACACGUUCCGAUCGCCUGUUCGAAAUCAGAUUCCAUCGACUAAUGUGCCCUGGUUUAGCAAUGGUUUCAUGUUCGGUGUCAACGCUUGAUUGGAUCCGCCUCUGUUAGUCGAACCCAUGUCUCUGAAUGGUCGAGGAGCGACUGCGGUUUGUAUUUCUUAUCACAGGCGGUAUGCGUUUCCUGUAACUGGGUACUAUUACGUUUAGUUCCUCAGAUUAGUUUGCCCACAGGCUAGGAGACGACCAGUUGCGGUGUGAAAGAAAAAUAAAAGUACUCAUCGCAGGACUUCAUUCUAGUCACCGGGCUCUCGAAGUACGUCUCUCCGAUCCAAGAAGAUCGGUUUUGUGCCGUUGAUGUGCCAUCGUUAAAGAAAGGGCCUCACACUAGAUACAUCAAGUUCAGUGCGUUCUCACGUAAUUGUAACUGCAGCUUGUAUUAUCCAAGUUGGUUGUUACUGAGCACAAUUCUGAAGUGCAUACAGUAACCCAGAGACAGGGUGGACAUCAAAACUCCAAGCCCGUGGAUGGAACUAGCUUGAGCUUGUUAGACGAUCUAGAUGAUUCCACUGGAGAUGGACUUAGGUGGCACCUGAUCACAGUCAUUCUCUCGAUGAUUUGGGAGAGCGAUAACGAGAGCUCGAACUCAGUUUGCAGACUUUGACCUGGCAAAGCUCUUUGAUCAACAUGCUCAUAGGAAGUUUACUUAAUGGUGUCCUUUAUUUGGUGCUGUUACCCUAACCAGGAUCAAACAGAUCACUCGGUUCAUCACAGGGUCUUUAGAUAAAACUGUUCUGCCAGAAUCUGAACCAAAUACCAUUGUGAACCAGCAUGUGGUCAGUUGUAUUAGCACGGAUCUGCAGAAGUACUAGCUACACGCAGGAAGAGAGGCAGACACUUUUGUUAUACGAUUAUUCUUGGUGAUUAUCUUGUUACUGACAUUUUUUCUUCCAACGAAGACAUACUUUGGGGUUCAGGCCCCUCCGGGAAUCUCGCUAUCCUGGGGUUGAACAGCUCAGAGAUUUGGUGUUUGUGUUGGUGCGAGCAAUCAAUGUGGUUCAUGGCAACGGUCUUUCUCUCUUUGCCAUUUCUCUUACAGGUUGAUUCUGCGGUUGUUAGAAGGAUUCCUUUUGUCGAUAGGGAGUACAAGCGAUCUCCCGCCUGGAUAAUCAAAACCAAUAAUGUGACCUACAACAGUGAAAUUUUGCACGUCUCAAUGUCUGGCAUUGUGC